CCUCCCAGAAGAGGGAGGACACUUGUUGCCAUGGUGACUGUGGGGAGCUACACGGAAUUUAUUACCCAACUGCUGAAGGGAAACUGAGGCAUGGCCAGAGUUCAACUGAGGAACAGGCUCACCGGAUGCCAGGCCAGAUCACCUGGGAGAGAAGCCAAAGCCAGGGACACUGCACUGACUGGAACUGACUAUGCCACGACUGCGUAGAGCCAUUUCUUGCAGCUGGCUCCAAGCUGAUCAGAGUCCAGCACCCACCGCUGCCUCCCUGAGAGGAGAAAUGCGGAAGGGAGCAGAAGCAGAUCCUCCUGGACAGCUUCUUAACAGCUCCAUAGACUUGAAGGGUUCUGGAGAACGAGAUCAGCCAGCUAAUUCCAGCUCCAGGAAACCUGCAGUAUGGGAUCGUCCAGCUGCCCUCAGAGCAAUAAUCGUGGUUAUGAUGGUCGUCAUCAUCACUCUAGUAGCAGCUUUGAUAGUGGUAACAUCUAAGCAGCCUCCUCCAUGGCCCCCUGCUGCCCCCUGCUGCCCGGACGGCUGGAUCCGGAUCCAAGGGAAAUGUUACUAUUUUUCUAAGGCCAAUAGGAACUGGACCUACAGCCAGAACUUCUGCUCGUCACACGCUGCCUCCCUGGCUGGGAUUGAGAGUCCGCAGGAGCUGGAUUCUCUGCUGCCAUAUGAAGGCAGACUGGACCACUGGAUCGGCCUCUGGAGGGACAAGGGCCAGGUCUGGAAAUGGGCCAACGGGACCAAGUUUGACGAUCGGUUUGAAAUACAAGGAGGUGCAGACUGUGUGUGCCUGGAUGAAGACCUCACUGUCACCACGUCAAGCUGCAGCACACCAAGAAAAUGGAUCUGCAGUAAACCUGAUACCCCUGCGAAGGGAGAGGAGGGAGCAGUGGGAGGGGAUUCGUGAACUCAAGGGAAUUGGAGACCAGCUGUGACAAAGCCUGGUUCUAGUCCCCUCCAUGCUGCAGCCUGGUUCCCUGUUUCUUAGCCUGUCUCCAGGGUUUGUCCAGUCCUAGUCAUCAAUUACCCUAAUGCUGGGAGCCCAGACAGCCAAUGUGAAAAAUUGGGAUGGGGAUGGAGGGUAAUAGGAGCCUAUAUAAGGAAAGACCCAAAAAUCAGGACUGUCCCUAUAAAAUUGGAACAUCUGGUCACCCUACCUAAUGCUGGGGUCUGUGACCCUUCUCUCAGGGAGACUGUCACAGUAACUGGAUCUCUAUCCUACCUCCAUCAGGUCAGGACUUGUCUCCAGCCACCCCUGUCUCUGGGCAGGGACCUCAUCCCACUCCCUGACCAGGGCACUUGAACUGCACAGCUCCCUUCCGUACACUGUGAUAUCCCCAGCAAGCCAGUCUGGCUAAAAGCCAGUGCCUGCGCUUUGCUUCCACUCUGAGCACAAUGCCCAUCCUGAUCCCACUGUUAUAAGCUAGAACACGGCCCUUUCUUGGCUGAUUAUUUAUUCUAGGUCAAAAGCAUUAAGGAGAAAAUGGAUAAAAAUCACGAAAAGGUCCCCCACACUAAAGACACCAGAAAUCAUCCCUCUUCCAGGGGAGAGUCUAGUAGCCAGUGACCCUUCCCGGCCCUCCCUACGGGGUUGGGGUCCCCCCUCCCCGG